AUGUUCUAUCAGUGGGAACAGCAUCCCAACCUGGAUAGGCGACAUCGCCCGCGCACGCGCAACGGAUGCUUGACCUGCCGGAGGCGCAAAGUGCGCUGCGACGAGAAACGGCCCGAUUGUGGGCAUUGUAGUCGUCUCCGGCUAGACUGCUCGUGGGAUGAUUCAGGACUAAGAUUGGGGGUGAGAACGAAGAAAGUGCGACUGCGACUGCAGCAAAAGCCACAGCAGCAACAAUUAGAGAAUGAGCUACCAGCACGACCCGACUGUGCUACAGAGAAUGCAGAGGCCUCUGUCCCAUCAACUUCCGAUGGCACGAUUCCGGCGCCAGAAGGUCUCUCUGAUGAUGAUCCCAGCUUCAAUCGCAUGUUCAGCUAUGCAAGUUUCAUGUGGGAUGACUCUUCGCCUACUGGCUUGUCCCCGGGUUGGGACACUUUGGACCUUACCUCGUCCCAGGACUUAAUGCCCUGGUCUGAUACAUCUUUGUCUAUUCCAUCCAUGCCUAUCACCUAUUCAAAUCCCAUGGCAAACACCGAAGCCGUCUUGGACAGACAGCAAAGGCUCACCGCUAUAACAUCCCCAACUGUCGCGAUUGGAUGGAGCGAGACACAAUUGGCCGAUUACUUUGCACGUUCAGCAGCACCGCCCAUCCUGGCUACUGUUGAGACCAGCGCACGCUGGUUUUGGAUGCGAAAACAAUUGACCUCGAUGACUUCGACUUCGCGGAUGGUCAAAUUUGGAGUCAUUGCGUUUGUGGCCUUGGAACUCGAGUCAGCGGGCACCUUGGAGCCAGCAACGUACACUCAAUACUACCGCACGGCGAAAGAAAGAUUAGAAGACUGUUUAAAGGACAUCAGACGUGACCACAAAAUUCUCUCAUCCCAGCUCAGACAUAUCCUAGCCGUUCUCUUUCUUUUGUCAUACAUAGACCUUCUGACAAAGGACGUGUCCAAAGCGCAUGCGAAUUUGCGAGAAGGUUUCCAUGCUUUGGAAAUGGUGGAUAUUGAAUCACUCAGCGUGACAGAAAGACGACUGCUCUCGUGGUUACGGCUUCUUGAUGCAAGGGCCGUUAGUGCAGGUGGCGAGGGCUUGUUCCUGACAGAAGGGGGUAGUGCUGUCAAUACAGACCUGCACUCUCCCGAUAGCUCUAUUGCCGAAGUCGACUCUGGGCUAGAUGAUGCCGAAGCAGCAUUAGAAGAUUUCAUCAUGCGGCCAGCUUUCCAGUUCUUUCAGAAAGUCCAGCUCUUCAUGGGCCGAAUCUCGAAAAUCGACCCUUGGCAUCGACGCCGAGGCACGGUCGAGGAUGAAACUGAGGUUAUGGCUAUUUCAGCCGCAAUCACUCAAGAUAUCAAGUCUCUAUGGCAGCAGCGGCCGCCUUUAAUGGAUUAUGCCGUGGCGGGCAAAUUGGCCACCUUAUUAUCGCCCAGUUUGGCGGAGACAAUCACUCGCACCAUGCGGGUGUACCACGCCAAUUACUAUGCCAGCUUUAUUCAUCUACAUCGUGUAGCAUAUAAGAAUCUCCCGCGCACCACGGACGUUGUGGAUGCAAUGAAUGAGAUUCGCCAAGUUACAAAAAUGAUCUUAGAGAGUCCAUGGACCUCAUCUCCUCAGGAGAAUCCAGUCAUCGGUACCCCAAAUGCCUCCACGACGAUACUGCCUUCGCUGCCCGUGAACAUGCUAUGGCCCUUGUUAAUGCUUGGCGUCGAAGUCGAGGAACCAGAAGAGCGCACUUGGGUCAUAUCCUGCAUUAAAGGUACGGAGAAUGUUGCCUCGAAUGCCGGGAUCACAGCAAACGUUCUCCAGGAAGUCAUUCGACGACAAGACGAGACCAAGCAGCGGGUGGAUAUUAGGAAAGUGAUGCACGAAACUUUUGAUCGUGCAUUUGCUAUCGUGUAA